CAUCCAGCAUGGUGAGACCAUUUCUGCAUGCCCUCAGAUGCGCCUACUGCGAUGGUGUACCCCAGAGACAGCGUCGAGCUGGGGAAGCCCAACACGCUCAUCUGCUCCGUCACGGACUUCCACCCGAUGGGUAUCGGGGUGACCUGGACCCACAACGACAGGCCAGUCACCGAGGGCGUCACCCAGACCACACCGCUCUCUGGGAGAGACUUCAGCUUCAAGGUCUUCUCCUUCCUGCCCUUCACACCCCGGCUGGGCGACGUCUACUCCUGCCAGGUGCAGCACAGCGCCCUGCCCGAGCCCCUCGCCAGACUCUGGGAGGUGGAGACGGAGACGGGGACAGAGUCUGACAUCGGGCCGACAGCGUUCUGCGUGGCGGGCCUGACCCUGGGGCUGCUGGGAGUGGCAGCCGGAACCUUCUUCCUCAUCAAGGGCAGCAGCUGCAACUGAGAGCAGGUACUGGUGUGAAGUGUGUAGCCCCCCACUGGACACCAGCCCCCCACGGGACACCACUCCAACACUGGACACCAGUCCCCCCACUGGACACCACUCCAACACUGGACACCAGCCCCUCCCUGGACACCAGCCCAACACGGGACACCAGCCCAACACGGGACACCAGCCCCUCACUGGACACCAGUCCAACACGGGACACCAGGCCCUCACUGGACACCAGUCCAACACGGGAGAACAUGCAGACUCCAC